UGGCCGCUUUUCAUUUGUUGUUUCUUCGAAACUUGGCUCCUCCUCGCUACUUUCCAAGCUCUCUUUCAAGGCCCCCACCGCUGAUAAGUGCAGACUUAUAACAACCGAGUACUGGACUGGCGGCGAGACAGUUUUGGCAGUUUUGGCCAUUCCCUGACGCGAAUUUCCGGCAGAAAUGUCUUCCAAGCCUAUUUUGUACUCUUAUUUUCGGAGUUCCUGCGCUUACAGGGUGCGAAUUGCAUUGGCCUUAAAAAACGUGGAAUAUGAACAAAAGACAGUCAAUUUGAUGAAGGAUGGAGGGGAACAGAAGUCUGCAGAGUUUACAGAACGGAACCCGAUGCAACAGGUCCCAGUGCUCGAGGUCAACGGUGAACCACUGUCCCAGUCGCUCGCCAUCAUUGAGUAUCUGGAAGAAAAAUAUCCGGAGCCCAGCUUGCUGCCAAAGGAUCUUGUCUUGCGCUCAAAGGUUCGUGCCAUUGCAGAGCUGAUUGCAUCUGGAAUUCAGCCCCUUCAGAACAUUGGUAUACUCUUCAAGCUGGAGCAGAGCAAGCGAAAUGAAUGGGCAGUUGAAUUUAUCUCCAAGGGUUUCCAAGCUCUGGAAGCGGUGCUCGCCAAGACUGCGGGCAAAUACUGCGUGGGAGACAGCGUCACCAUUGCCGAUGCUUGCCUGGUGCCUCAAGUUUACAACGCCAAGCGCUUCAAGGUGGACUUGGCUCCGUACCCGACCAUCGUGCGGGUAAACAACACUCUUGAGAAACUGGAGGCAUUCAAGGCUGCCCACCCAUGCUGCCAGCCAGACACGCCGGAAGAGCUCAAAGAUCCCUCGAAACAUUUCUGAUAAGAUUUCCACUCCACAAUAUAUGCCUUGUUUUUGAACAAAGGAUAAAAAGAGGUGCCAUUGUUUCUGCUGCCUUCAAGACAAAUAAAUUUGUCUUCUAUACCUUGU